UCUUCGCAAGCAGAGCGAUUUCUUUUACCAUUUGUUAAAUUUUAAAAUAUAUACUAGCUCGUAAUUUGUUUUAUCCUAUCUUCUCUUGAAAGUGAGAACUUGCAAUGUCCGCUGCAGCAAAAACAGCGUCCAGCGGCGUUGCUGGAAGCACGACUUCAGGGGCUGGUGCUGGUAGUGCUCCAGGCUCGAGUGCUGGCAAUGUGCAGGAAUUUAAGAUACGAGUGCCGAAGAUGCGAAAGAAGCAUCAUGUAAUGCGUUUCAAUGCGACGCUGAAUGUGGAUUUCGCGCAGUGGCGAAAUGUGAAACUGGAGCGGGAGAAUAAUAUGAAGGAGUUUCGCGGCAUGGACGAGGAUCAGCCGAAGUUUGGUGCUGGUUCCGAAUACAAUCGUGAUUUGCGCGAGGAGGUGCGUCGCAAGAAGUUUGGCAUUAUUGCCAAAAAAUAUCGGCCCGAGGCACAGCCAUGGAUUCUAAAAGUCGGCGGCAAGACUGGCAAGAAGUUCAAGGGUAUUCGAGAGGGUGGCGUCGGCGAGAAUGCGGCCUUCUAUGUCUUCACCCAUGCGCCGGAUGGCGCCAUUGAGGCGUAUCCACUGAAUGAGUGGUACAAUUUUCAGCCUAUUCAGCGCUACAAGUCUUUGUCGGCCGAGGAGGCAGAGCAGGAGUUCGGGCGACGUAAGAAGGUGAUGAAUUACUUUUCUCUGAUGUUGCGGAAACGCUUGCGUGGUGACGAGGAGGAGGAACAGGAUCCUGAGGAAGUGAAGCUAAUGAAGGUGGCAAAGAAAAAGUCCAAAGAGCUGAAAAUCACCGAUAUGGAUGAGUGGAUUGAUUCCGAUGAUGAAUCCGACUCGGAUGACGAGGAGGAAAAGAAAAAAAAGGAGGCGGAAGACAGCGAUGAUGAGGCCGGCAAAAAAGGCAAAGGCAAAAAGGGUGCCGAUAAGAAAAAGAAGAAACGAGAUGUGGACGACGAAGCCUUCGAGGAAUCGGAUGAUGGUGAUGAGGAAGGUCGCGAAAUGGACUACGAUACGAGCUCCAGUGAAGACGAGCCCGAUCCGGAGUCUAAACUGGACAAAGACAUGAAAGGCGUGGCCGAAGAAGAUGCUUUGCGCAAGCUGCUGACUUCAGAUGAGGAAGAUGAUGAGGAAAAGAAGUCCGACGAGUCGGACAAGGAUGAUGAUGAGAAGAAGAAAAAGGAUAAGACUAAAGACGAAGGCUCCAAGGACAAGAAGAAAAAGAAACAAUCAAAAGAUGACAAGAAAGCCAAAAGCAAUGGCAGUGAAUCGUCCACUGAUUUCAGCUCAGAUAGCUCUGAUUCCGAAGAUGAUCUCAGCAAUGGCCCCAUCAAAAAGAAACCCAAUGUUAAGGACAAAGAUAAGGACAAUGGCAGCACAUCGACAUCCAAGGCAAGCACCAGCAACGCCGCCAGCAACAGCAAUACCAACAAAUCCCGCUCCGCCACACCCACUCUGAGCAAUGACAACAACAAACGUAAGCUAAACAGUCUGCCCAGUGAUCUCACCGGUUCGGAUACAAGCAACAGUCCAGUUAGCACACCUGCCAAGAAGCCCAAAAACGAGAUCAGCACCUCACUGCCUUCAACAUUUGCCGGUGUAGUCAACAACAAAAUCGAGGAUUAUGGCAUCACUGAGGAGGCAGUGCGUCGCUAUCUGAAGCGCAAACCAUUGACGGCCACGGAGCUGCUGACCAAGUUCAAAAAUAAAAAGACUGGCGUCUCCAGCGAUCGCUUGGUGGAGACAAUGACCAAAAUCCUAAAGAAAAUCAAUCCCGUCAAGCACACCAUCCAAGGCAAAAUGUAUUUGUGGAUUAAAUAGACAGCCUACCACCACUUACCACCCAUCAUUUAAAGCCGCAAUCGCCACUGACAAAGCCCUUCGCAAUCGCUUCCCAAGUUCUCAACAUCUCAAUAACUGUCCAAAUGACCUUAUUAAUUCUCAAUUAUUUUUAUAAAUCCGAGACUUAAUGCCAUUUAGGGAAAGGUGAUUAAUAUUUAGGAUGUUUCUGCGAAUUUGUGCGAGUUCAAUUUAUAUAGCCUAUAGAAUGUUGUAAGUCUGGAAUAAAUAUAAAUUGUUUUGAAAUGAC